AUGAGCCAACAUAAUUCUGACAAACAUGUUGCCACGAAGGCAAUGUUAGAGCUAAAGUUAUUAGAGGUUUUAGGACAAUCUGAUAUCAGUCAAUUAAAGGUCCUAUUCGAAAGAGAUUUUAAUUCAGAAGACUCGAGAAAUAACAAAUAUAUUCAAGAUAUUAAAAAGUCAUUGCUACAUUAUUGUGUUCAAGUCGGUUCAUUAGAGUUAAUUAAAGAUGUUGUCAAUGAAUUUUAUCAAAGUGAUAAUAGUAAUGAAUUAGGUGUGAAAUUAGAUAUUAACCAGCAAGAUGAAAAUGGAAAUACACCAUUACAUUUAGCUUCUGCCCAAGGUAGAGCUGAUGUUGUAGAAUAUUUAAUGAAUUUGCCUCAUAUUAAUGAUUGUAUACGGAAUAAAAAGAAAUUGCAACCUGUUGAAGUUUGUAAAGAUUUAAAUGUUGCACAAAUGAUGCAGUUGAAAAGAGCUAAUUAUAUUGAAAAUGUCAUCGAACAGUGUAAAGAUGCUUCAAAGAAAAAAGAUCUAUCAAAAUUAGAACAGUUAUUUAAAAAUCCAAGAAAUAAAGAAUUAAUUAAUAUCAAUGACGUCGAUCCUACAACCGGUGAAAAUAUUUUACAUUUACACAUUUUACAUGGUGAUAUUCCAAUAGUUAAAUGGUUAUUGGAUCAUGGUGCUGAUCCGUUUAUCAAGAACCAGGAAGGGAAGACAGCACAUGAAGUACUACAAACGUUAAAACCACAUGAAAAAUUAAGCUUAGACAAAUUGAAUAAAUUAAAAAGUUUAUUUGAAAGAAAAGCAAAAGAAAAAAAUGUUUUAGAAAUGACUUCACCUUUAAAUAAAUGCCCAACGUUUAAAGGUUAUUUGAAAAAAUUUACAAAUUUUGCUCAAGGUUACAAGUUACGUUGGUUUGUAUUAACAGCUGAUGGUAAAUUAUCUUAUUAUAAAGAUAGUAGUGAUACUAACAAUUCAAGUCGUGGUUCUUUAAAUUUAGCAAAUUGUAUAUUGCAUGUAAAUUCAACUGAAAAAUUGAAGUUUGAAAUUGUUGGUGGAGGGGCUGGCACAAUUAAAUGGAACUUAAAAGGUGUUCACCCUAUUGAAACUAAUAAGUGGAUUUUUGUCAUACAGGCUGCAAUUAGAUAUCAAAGAGACAAAAAAAAUGGAGUCAUAGCUUCACCUGUAUCUAUAAAUCGUGCAUCAACUAUAGAAAUUUUAGGCACAUCAGCUGGACCUUUAAAUCAAAACAUUCAUAAUAAAGAUAUUGAUAUUUCUAAACAUGAAUUGAGUAGUUAUAAAAAUCCGACCUCUACCUCAUUAGCUACUAGUGAUAUUAAAUUAAAUGAUAAUUUGACUCCACAAGGAAAAUCGUAUAUUAAUAAAGUAAUCGAAACUCGGUUAGAACAGCCAACAGAUAUUCACUCAUUCCAUUCCUCAAUUAUGUCUGGAGAGUCUAAUCAAAUGAAAUCUAAUAUCAUUGGUCCUACUGAUAUCAAUUUGGAUGAUUAUGCCGAAGGUGAAACCAUUCAAGAUGAUGACGACGAUGCUAUUGGAUUAAAGACAGAUCCGAUUGAUGAAGAUAUUAACGUUCAAUACGGCUCUUAUGGUCAACAAAUUGCAAUCUUGGAGAAAUCAAUCAUUCUAGAAUUAAACUCUGUGAACAAAAUAUUAUCAGGAGGUCAAUCUUCAGUUGAAGCUUGGACUCUAAUCCGUAAAUCUUUAACAUCAAUUACAGAAUGUUUUACCAAGUUAACCGAAACUUUCGGUCAACGAGAAAAUAGUUUAGUUAAUUUAUUGGACAAAGAACGUAAUGUUAACAAUGUUUGGGUUCAGUCAGUCAAGGACUUGGAAAAAGAAUUGCAACAAAAAGAAUUCAGAUUAGAUUCUUUGAAUAAAGAAAGAAAAACUUUAAAGAAAGUUGUACAACAAAAACUUUCCAAAGGAUCAGAUUCAGCUUCUGUGGAUGUUAACACCUUAGACAAAUUGGAAGAUAGUACUGACCCAACUACAUUGGAACACAUUGCCAAAUUUAUUAGUGCUACAAGAGAUAAGGGUGAGGAUUCAGAUGCCGAUGAAUUUUUUGACGCAGAAGAAUCAGUUACAGAAGACGAAGAUGCAGGUUCUUAUGCAUCUGGAGCAAGAAACGUAGCUAGUCAUCAAAUUCAUGAAGGUGACAUUAUUGAAUUACAUUCUGCAACUUCUGAUACGCACACUAAUCUUGCAGAUGGAGCCAAAGUAAGUGAUUUUAAAAUCCAAAACUUCAAUGAACCAUCCGCUAAAAUUGAAGAAAUAAAUCGUGAAGCCACACCAGAUUCUAAGAUUAUAAAAGAAGCUACGAAUAUACCAAAACUAACCGAUGUUACUUCCACCGAAAUUAACGUAGAUGCAGGUAAUACUGUGAAAUCUAAGUCUAAUGAAACUUCAAAACAAAAGGAAUCAAAACUUUCUGGUAAGGUUGUUAAAGAAAAUCUACCAGAAGUUACUAAGAUUGCUAUAACUGCCUCUCAAAAAGAAGCAGAAUCAAAGAUUCUAGAUGAGUUAUCAUUCGCUGGCUAUGAGGAUGGUAUAAGAAAAAGAUUAAAGCUGGAUGAAGAUAAUCGUCCAAAAAUUAGUUUAUGGGGUGUUCUUAAAUCAAUGGUUGGUAAAGAUAUGACAAGAAUGACAUUACCUGUUUCAUUUAACGAACCUACAUCAUUAUUGCAGAGAGUUACUGAAGAUUUAGAAUAUUCGCAAUUAGCAGAUAUGGCUGCAACAUAUGAAGAUUCUACUUUAAGAAUGCUGUAUGUUGCUGCUUUUGCUGGUUCCUCUUUUGCAUCAACAACUCUUAGAGUUGCAAAACCAUUUAAUCCAUUACUUGGUGAAACAUAUGAAUAUGCUAGACCGGAUAAACAUUAUAGAUUUUUUACUGAACAAGUUUCUCAUCAUCCACCUAUUUCCGCAACUUGGACUGAGACACCAAAAUGGGAUUUCUGGGGUGAGUCUUAUGUUGAUACUAAAUUUACUGGAAGAACCUUUAAUGUUGAACAUUUGGGUUUAUGGUACUUAAAGUUACGUCCAGACUGUAAUGAUCCAACAGAGUUAUAUACUUGGAAAAAACCAAAAAAUACUGUUAUUGGUAUUUUAGUUGGUAAUCCACAAGUUGACAAUAGUGGUGAUGUUGAAAUUACAAACCAUACAACUGGUGAUCGUGCUGUAUUGCAUUUCAAAGCUCGUGGUUGGAGAUCAUCUGGAGCAUACGAACUUAGAGGUGAAGUGUUCAAUAAGAAAGGUAAAAAAGUUUGGGUAUUUGGAGGUCAUUGGAACGAUAGCUACCACGCCAAAAAGGUCACUGAAAGUAAACAUUCCGAAAUUACUCUAUCCAGAGCAAAAACGAACAAUUCAAUGUCAAACGUCGAACCAUUAUCGGAUGGUUCAACAUUCUUAUUAUGGAAAGCCAACAAGAGACCAGAUGCUCCAUUCCAUUUGACACCUUUUGCAAUUACUUUGAAUGCCCCACAAAAGCAUUUAGUUCCAUGGUUAGCACCAACAGAUACACGUUUAAGACCUGAUCAAAGAGCCAUGGAAGACGGUGAUUAUGAUUUAGCUGCUGAUGAGAAGCAUAGGCUUGAAGAAAAACAAAGAGCAGCUCGUAAAAGUAGAGAAGAAAGUAAUACCGAAUACAUUCCAAGAUGGUUCAAGAGUGAAAUUCAUCCAAUUACUAAGAAGAAGUACUGGAACUUUAAUGGUGAAUAUUGGAAACUAAGAAAAGAGCAUCAAUUAAAGGAUGCCGGUGACAUUUUCUAA